AGGUCAUACGUAAUUGCUCUCUUGAGCUGCAUCCAUGGGGUUCCCCAAGCAUGUCAUCAUACUCGCCACUCUCCUCCUCACCGCCCUCCUCAUGGUUGCGGAUGCUCAGCCGGCACCGAAGAUAGAUUGCCCGUCAGCCUGCAAUGCUCGUUGCUCGCAGAACUGGAGGAACAAGAUAUGUAACAAAGACUGCAAUAUUUGUUGCGACAAGUGUAACUGCGUCCCUUCCGGCACCGGCCAGGAGACCCGUAGUGAAUGCCCCUGCUACGCCAACUUGGUCGACUCAAAGACCGGCAAGCUCAAGUGCCCGUAGUUGAUCAAUCCUCCUUCCAAAGGCAUGCAUUCAUCUAAAUGCAAUCCUGUUACCUGGCUUGAAUAAGCUAUCUCUUUUUUUACUUGUCCCAAUGUUCAACAAUCUCUCUGGCCAUGUAAACCUAGAAAGGUACAUACAUAUAUAUUACGAUAUAUUGGUAUGCUCUAUCAAAAUCA